UAUAUAUUGACAAUUAGAUAAUUAUUAAAUGAAGCUACAAUCACAAUUGUGCCACAAGAAUGUUUAACGAAUGCUUAUAUCCGUGAUUCUUGAAUCAGAUUAAGACUGAUUGAGUCAAUUCUUUAUUACUAUAACUAUACAAAAUUGAACAUCACUGAUGGAGAAACCGAAACGAGGCCAUGCGAGUAGCGAUCAGUUAGUUUUGAUAUGAAUGGAUCAGUUGAAAAGCGCGGGAAUUCAUGAAAAUGCUAAUAACGGCGGAUAAUCUGCAAUGGUAAUAGGGGACGUGUGAAUUACGAGAAAGCGGGUGGGAUCGAACGAUAGACAGUUAAUUUUAGAAUGUCGCUGUUGCUGCUGACGAUAACCGCGACAAACGGACAAGUAUCUUUCGAAACAGAGAGAGAGAGAGAGAGAGAGAGAGAGAGAGAGAGAGAGAGAGAGAGAGAGAGAGAGAGAGAGAGAGUGAGAGAGAGACGAGAAGGAACGUAACUUGGAACGUCGGAGAACUGUGUUCGAAUCAUUUGACUCUGACCGUGGUGGUGGGCACAAAAAGUCAACGGUGCAAACAUUCUUCUGUUUCGCGAAGAAUUAGCACGCGUGCUGCUUCCACUAAAUUAUUGAUCUAUCGAUCAUGGAGGAAGAAAUUGUGAAUGGGAUUGCAAAUAAAAACGGGAAUUCAGAAGUGGACGAAGAAAUGAAACAGAACGAAGAUGGGACGUUCGACGUAUCGAGCUACCCGGAGCUAGACCGCUCGCAAACCGGUCGCAGAACGAGUAUCUUCAAGUAUUACUCGUUCAACAAGAAAGAUACAAUGCCAAACUUGACGAAGAAAUCGGGCCCUCUUAUCGGAGUAAUUGACGUUGGCACACGGACCGUUCGCUUUGUGGUGUUCAAUGCAAAACACAUAGCUGAAGUGGCAUCUCAUCAAAUCGACAUAGAACAAAUAAGUCCGCAAGAAGGAUGGAUGGAACAGGACCCGAGAGAGAUUCUUUUUGCGGUAAAGACGUGCAUCAAAGAUGUUGUUCGGAAAUUGGAUGUGCUUGGAUUGAAAAUAAACGAAAUAAUAACGAUCGGUAUUACAAAUCAAAGAGAAACCACAUUGGCAUGGGAUUCAACGACCGGUGAACCGUUAUAUAAUGCGAUAGUGUGGUCUGAUAUCAGAACGAAUCCGAUCGUCGAUCAGAUAAUAGCCAAGUUUCCGGAUCAAAGUAAAAAUCAUAUCAAACCACUAUGCGGUUUACCAGUGAGCCCGUAUUUUUCGGCACUAAAAAUUCGUUGGAUGAAAGAUAACGUGCCCACUGUUAGAAAAGCGAUGCGAGAUAAGCGAUGCAAAGUGGGCACGAUGGACACCUGGAUCGUUUGGAAUUUAACGGGUGGCAAAGAUGGUGGAUUGUAUAUUACUGACGUAACUAAUGCGUCGAGGACCAUGUUAAUGAACAUAGAGACCCUCUCAUGGGAUCCCACGUUAUGCAGAUAUUUCGACAUUCCUAUGCAAAUAUUGCCAGAGAUUAAAAGCAGCGCUGAAAUUUACGGAAGUAUUGCGAUUGGUCCAUUGAAGGGUAUCACCAUAUCUGGUAUUUUAGGAAAUCAGCAAUCAGCGUUAGUUGGACAAAAUUGUUUAAAGAAAGGACAAGCGAAAAAUACAUAUAGAGGUGGAUGUUUUCUGCUCUGUAAUACAGGAACGACACGUGUGCAUUCUUCUCAUGGAUUAGUUACAACAGUGGCAUAUCAAUUGGGUCCAAAUAGUCCAGCUGUUUAUGCGCUGGAAGGUUCAGUUGCAGUAGCAGGUGCUGCUAUUAAAUGGUUGCGAGAUAAUAUGAAACUUAUAAAGGAUGUUCAUGAAAGCGAACAUUUGGCUCAAAGUGUUUUCAGUACUGGCGACGUAUAUUUUGUACCAGCUUUUACAGGACUGUACGCUCCAUAUUGGAGAAAAGAUGCGAGGGGAAUUAUUUGUGGUCUUACUGCAUUUACAACGAAACAGCAUAUAAUAAGAGCAUCAUUAGAAGCUGUUUGUUUCCAAACUAGAGAUAUUUUAGAAGCUAUGUACAAAGAUUGUGGUUUUCCAUUGACUAAGUUAAAUACGGAUGGAAAAAUGUCAACAAAUAAUCUUCUUAUGCAAUUGCAAGCAGAUCUUUGCGGUACGCCAGUAUUCAGAUCAACGAUGCCGGAUAUCACGGCGUUAGGUGCUGCAAUGGCUGCAGGGCAUGCAGAAGGUAUAGAUGUUUGGGAAUUAGAAGGUGAAGAGAUAGAAAGAGUGCCCAGUGAUACAUUUUUACCAACGACCACACCAGAAGAGAGAGAUGCUAGGUAUACAAAAUGGAAAAUGGCAGUUGAAAGAAGUUUAGGUUGGGCGGCAGUAAAGAGAUCUGACCAAAUGACAGACGAAAGAUAUUACGUAUUGGCAUCGGUCCCUGCAAGUUGGUUCUUAAUGACAAGCUUUAUUUUGUUACGAUUAAGUUAUUAUUUGAAAAAUCGGUGACAACAUUCAUAUUGUUACAAUGGAGGAUCACUUAGAUAGCAGAUAGCCUAUAUUGUAUUACAAAUGCAAAUAGGAGUAUGAUUACCAAGCUUUAAUUAUAAAUAGUAGAUCAAAAUAUGACCAUCAGUAACCGAUUAAAAAACAAAAAAGUAAUACAGGUAAAGACAGCUUUGAUUCAAUUGAGUAGAACUACCUAUACUUUCAAACUUUGCCAAAAGAAAUCAAUAUAGUUAAUUAAAUGAAGCGCGACACAGUAAAUAGCUACCAAGUUAUUCGGAAUUUCAGAGAAGAAAGUACUAGAAACAAUGCACACAUACAAUAAUUUAAACAAUCCAUUUAUUCGUUAUUUUUUAUUUGUUGUUGAUACAAGAUAACGUGAUAUUUCGCGAACCAUUACUGCCAAGUUAACAGACACAGGGCUAUAGUUUUGUAUAGUUUUGUAGGAUUGUAAGCAUUCGUAAUAUUUUAGGAUUUACAAUUAAUUAAAUUUUUAUAAUUUCAACUAUUUUCGUCGCUUUAUUUUGUACGUUUAAUUUAUUUGUUAUAUCAACAAAAAUCCUGUAUGUAUAAUGUUACAACUAUUGUAUCAUAAAAUCAAACAUUGGAAAUACACGUUCGUCUUGUUUUA